AUGCAACGCAUUUACGAGUCUGCGUCGUACGUGCAUGUCUGGCUGGGAGAGGCUAUGGAUGACAGUGACCUGGCUAUGGAUUUGAUCGAAGCGGUUGGCCUUACAUCGGAUUUCGAUGAUGUCCGCAAGCUACCUUGGUUCACGAGAGCCUGGGCCGCUUUACCAUCAGUGUUACAAUAUCCAUGGUGGACGAGGGUAUGGAUAAUACAAGAGCUUGCAAUGGCGAAGGAUGUGAGCCUGAUCUGUGGAUCCCGGGUUCUCAGCUGGGAGCAUUUCGUGCACUUUCAUAACCAGACUGUUGGGCUGUCUCCUGCGAAGAACAACAUAUACCAGCUUAUGGUCCUCCGGUUGAGCAUUCAAGCCGGCAACAGGAAAAGUCUUGCUUUCUUAUUAGGCCCAGGGAUUGGAGAUGGCGAUUUCCAGGCAACUGAUCCACGGGACAUGGUCUACAGUCUUCUAGGUAUGUCACGCGAGGGGGACCAGAAACUCCUCCCAGACUACGCUAGACCAGUGCAUGAAGUAUAUGCCCAGGCCGUUAGACAUAUUAUCAGCACGCACAACACCCUGAACAUCAUAUUGCUCGAAAGGCCUAAGGGAGGUUGUCGACUUCCGUCCUGGUGUCCUGACUUCUCAGCAUCCACCACUUCUUCCACGGCAAGGGGCCUUGAUGACUUGGAUAUAGAGUUAGACGAAAAUCAAGCAUCCGCUGGCUCUAUUGCUAAAUACCACUUCUCUGAUGAUGGAGAUACCCUCAGCGUUCAAGGACGUCUCAUCGAUAGCCUCGUAUUGGUACGACCGUUUCCAUAUGAGUGGGACGUUGGCCAGGCCAACGAUGUGAAUUGGCCGAGGCUUGUCUCAAGCCUUAGGAAUCUUGAGUUUUCGGUUCUGCAAGCGUUGAAGAAGGCCCAGCCGUCCCUUCGAGACCAUGCCUGUACGGAGCAAAUCUCUACCUUGUGGCGCGUUCUGCUAAUAGGUGACCGUAUCUUGGAGCCAGAAGGAGUGCCCGAGUGGGGUGCCACAGGGGAUCCUAAGACCUUUAUUAUCCCACAACUAGACGAGAACAGACUCGGCAGACUUUGGGAAACCCUGCAGGGUCGCGCUGCUGUGCCUGAAGAAUUUCAACCAGAAGAGUCUGAGCCGAAGCGAACGAUUAGCUAUAUGCUACCAGUGAUCCAAGCCCUAAAACAGGGUUCGUCCUUUCCUAGUGGUACGCGCUACUUUUUCGUCACAUCUCAAGGCUUCAUGGGAAUGGGCCGGCAGAGCAUUGUUCUAGGCGACAAUUUAUGUUUGCUUGCCGGGUGCGACCAGCCCGUUAUCCUACGGCGCACUACGGAACAUUACGAGUUCGUCGGCGGGACUUACGUACGUUCUAUCAUGGCGGGCGAGUUGAUUCUGAAUCCCGUUUUGGAUCGUGGUCGAGCAGUGCAGUACGCUGCUGCUUCCUUACCAGACGAGGAACUCUCUCAGACUAGCCAUUCAGGGCUCAAUUACGAAAGUGAUGACCGGUUUCAGAAAAACUUGUGGCGCCUGGAUUCGACGUCACUUUUGCAAGCAGGCCUUGAUCGGCCCUGGUAUGUCGAUCCUGGUAGCGAGAAAUAUCUCAAGGCGUUUCCCGAACAAUUUGCUAUCCGGUAG